AUGGCUGUCUUCUUUCAAGAUUCAUUGCAAAAGUUUUUAAUUCUUUCUGCUGAUGAAGGCCUAAAUGCUAUUUAUUCUGGUUCUGUUUUUUUAUAUAAUAAUAAUAAUAAUAAUAAUUCCUUCUCUCGCUUCCUCCCUCUUCUCCUCAUCUACCUGUUUCUCUCCCCUUGUCUCCAUUUUCUUCUCCUCCUCCUCUCCCUCUUUUCCAUUAUUCUCCUUCUUCCUCUUCAAUUUCUUUUUCAACACCACAACCAACAAUUUCCUUCUUUUCUUUUUUUUUUUCUUUUUUUUUUUUUUUUUUCUCCAUUCUCUCUCCAUCCCCCACUUUUUUUUUUCUUCUCAUUAUCUUGGAUUCUGGAGUUCAAUUCUACUCCUCCUACUCUUACUAUUCUACUUUGUGUGAUACUUACUUCCUUUCCUUGCACUUUAUUCUCCCCCUCUCUCUCUCUCUCUCUCUCUCUCUCACCUACUUCUACUUUAUCUUUUUUUUAUCCUUUCUCUCUCUCUCUCUCUGACUCUCUGCUUUUUCUUUUUUUCCUUUUUCUCUCUCUCUCUGACUCUUUUUUCCUUUCCUCUCUCUCUCUGACUUUUUUUCCUUUCCUCUCUCUCUCUGACUCUUUUUUUCCUUUCCUCUCUCUCUCUCUCUUUUUUUUUUCUCUCUCUCUUUUUCUCUCUCUCUCUCUUUUUUUUUUCCUCUCUCUCUCUCUGACUCUUUUUUUUUUCCUUUUUUUCCCUCUCUCUCUCUGA